AUGGAUGAACCCUUUCUGUCUAAGCCAACGGAGACUAUUACUUCCCUGGAGGUGGAGAGUACGGCCGAUACAGACACUCAGUCGUCUAGUCCAAGAGGUGGCACAGCCGUUAAAGGCUGGUUCCAGGGUCAUGCAUUUAUCAAAAAGAAUCUUCACAAACCCGCAACUUGCCAUCAUUGUUGUGACCUACUUUGGGGCAUACUUGGAACCACUGGGAUGAUAUGUGAAAUCUGCAAUUUCCUUGCGCACGAGAAAUGCAUCCGUCAAGUCGUCUCUCCUUGCACCUGCAUAAUCCCAUUUCUGAUUCAGGAUCCCAUGGCUCAUUGCUGGUCAGAUGUUGGUCAUUUUAAACGGAAAUUCUGCAACGUCUGUCGGAAACGCUUGGAUGACUUACUGUCUGUCAGAUGCGAGAGUAAGUGCCACAGUUCAUUGCUCUUCUACGUUCCUUUCUAG